GUCCCGGCGCUUCUAUUUAAACGCCCCCGGUUCACAUGUCAUGACCCUCCACUGCUCUGAGUAUCUGACUGAUCUCAACUCUCAAGCUUCCAAACCUCGCUGAUCGAUCCAAAGCCAGCAGCCAUGAGGAGCAGCAUCCCCCUCGUCAUCGGCGUGGUCGCCGUCAUCUACGCCGUCGCCAUGCCCGCCACGGCGAUGCCCGGCGGGUGGGAACACAUCGGUAACAUCAAGGACCCGAGGAUCCAGAGGCUCGGCAAGUGGGCGGUGGCGGAGCACGUGAAGCAGGCGAGAGACAGGCUGAGGUUCAGCAAGGUGGUGCUGGGCACGGUGCAGGUGGUGUCGGGCUUCAACUACCGGCUCCUCGUCCAGGCGCUGGACGGCGCCGGCAAGAAGGGCGCGUACAAGGCGGAGGUGUACGAGGAGGCAGCCGGCAAAGGGCGCAAACUCGUCUCCUUCACCCCGGUCGACAAAAAGGCGUAGGCCUUUUGGUGUAUUUUUUGUAGUUCUUGAUGGACAUCCGUCACAACUCACAAGAAAUAUUAAUCGGGCAACGAAAGUUGCAGAUCCAACUGCUUUA